CCUCUUUGUUUAUUUGCAUAGGCAAGACCAGGGACAGUCAUGCAUCCUUCUCUCUGCUUUGUCCCCACCUCAUCUAUACAUACACACACACACACCAUUCUGAAUCUCUCUAUAUUAAAAUCCCACUUUAUAAUUCCUCUCCAUCUUUCUGUUUUCUUUAGCUCUCUCUCCUGAAUCCUGAUCCCUUCUGUUUCCCAUUUCGUCUUUUUUCUGAACAUCUUGCUUUUCACAAGAUUUCCCAUACCUCUUCAUCUGUUCACUCCUUCAAAACCACUGAGAUUAGAACAGUUCAGUUCUGGGGUUUGGCCGUUUGGUUAGGGAAGCCAUACAUACAUAGCUGCAUUUCUUCUUUGGGUUACUCCCAGUGACUGCAUCAAUCUUCAAUAGCCUGUUUCAUGCUGUUUUCUGAUCACUGAAAUUCAUUGGAGGAUUGAAUUUGUGGAUGAAAUGAAACAACACUUUAAGGAAAUGGAACAGGAGACAAUUCUACCAGGAACUUCAUCGUCGUCUUUCUUAAAUAGUGAAUUUUGUGAUCCUGCUUGGUCAUUUGGUUCAGAAAUCAGCAAUAUUUCUAGCUUUAUGAGUCCCGAUAUCCUUCCAUGUCUAGAUGUUGAAGAUCUUAUCAAUGGAAAUCUUCUUAUGGAUGUCAUUCAAUCGUUUGAUUCGUUUCCAGUAGCUACCUCAUCCCCGGUGGAUGAUCUAAUUAUGAAUGUAAGCAUGGGAAAUAAAACCGGUUUUGACUGCUAUCCAAGUGAUCAUCUGUUGCAGCAGCAGUCCCCCCUCGGGUCUGAUAAUUUCUUCAACAUGUCCCAACCUUCUGGUAGAUGGAGUUCUGAAGCUUCAUAUGAAACUUCAUCCCGGGAAAAUCUUGCAUCUGGUAUGAUUGCUCAGGGUUCUUCUUUCGCCCCGCAUUUUGAGCAUUUCACUUAUAGUACUCAAACUGCAGCAGAGAGGUUGGUUAUGGAACAGUUUAUGUUCAAUUCUGGUGGUGAUCCUUCUGUAUCGACAGAGAGUUCCAUAACCAAUGCCUUCAACUCCCAUCAGAACGAGAAAUGUUCAAAAACGCCUUUCGUCAAUAACUUGUCCAAUGAUUUCGAGUGUAAAAUGCCAGAGAAGUGGGAUAACAAUCUUCGGUCAAUAACAAGUAGUCAGAACUGGGAUUAUGGUACUUCUAGUUCAGGAUGCACCUCGGAGCACUCAGUUCGCUCCAAAAGGCCAUCUAACACGUUAUUCUCGAAUUUAGGCCUAGACCAGCUUUUAUAUGGAACUGCUAGAAGUUCUUGUUCAUUUGACCGACCAGGUCUCAAUAAUCAGUCGUCAUCAACGUCUAAAAGGAGGAGAUUCGAAAGUUUUUCCCCGAGUAGUAAUACAAUGAAGCCUUCAGAUCUUUAUAGUCUGGACGGGCUUCAAACCAGUAUAGAGACUGCUACAAAGUUCAAUACAGGAUCAUGGGUAGGCGAUAGUUGCAGUAUAAACGUUGGAAACCCCGAUUUACAGGCAAAGGGGCAUGAAAAACCCUCAAAAGCUAUCAAGAAAAAGGGAAAACCGGGAUCCCGACCUAUUCCAAAAGAUCGUUUGCAGACCUAUGCACGUCUUGCAGAGCUCAGAGAACUCAUCCCUAACGGAGAGAAGAUGAGCAUUGACCGGUUGCUACAUCGAACCAUAAAGCAGCUGCAUUUCUUGCAAAGUGUUACAAAACAUGCUAAAAGACUCGUGAAAACUGAAGAACUUAAGGAUAGAAAGGAUCAGAAUGGAGUCACGUGGGCUUGUGAAAUUGAAAACGAAACAAUGAUUUGCCCGCUGAUAGUUGAGGAUCUUAGUACUCCUGGCCAAAUGCUUAUAGAGAUCCUCUGUCAAGAACAAGGUUUCUUUCUGGAGAUAGUGGAUAUAAUCCGAGGUUUUGGCUUGAAUAUACUGACGGGUUUCAUGGAAGUUCACGAGGCUAAGAUAUGUGCACACUACAUUGUUGAGGCUGAGGCAAACAGAUUCGUAUCGAGGCACGAGAUAUUUUCCUCGCUCGUUCAGAUUUUACAGCUUACGGGCCCUAGCGAGUUUAGCCCGAAUGAUCAACAUGGCAAUGUUAGCUUGUUGAACAAUUCUCCCCAACCUGCCAGCUUGCCUGAUAGAACUCCAUGUAUGACAUGACAGAAAAUGUUUGCCUGAUAAAACAUGAAACCUAGUCAGACCAGGAAAGUGGAUAAUGCAGAGGUGAAAUGUUCCUGUUUUGCUUUUCCUGAAAAUGGUGAGCACAUGAUGCCAGAACUGUGCAUUCUCUUUGACUACCAAUGGUUUUUUUUUUUUUGAGGCUCUUCAGCUGUUCAUCUGCAACUUGUCCCCAAGUGAUGGAAGAAGUGGAGUAUAAAUUGUUGCUUGAUUUUGCAAUUACCA